GUGUGCAUUCACGAAAGGCCCAGCCCGCCAUUUACAUCUGUAUUCCACAAAAGGAAAGCCACGUGGCUCAAGAUGCAUUGUCGGUGGAUGCUUGAACAGCCAUAAAUCAGUGCUGCCCUUGUGGUGUGUGUCUCCCUUUCAUUCUGCCUCUCCCCGCUCACCCACCCGUAGUACAAGACGCGCUCCACAUCUACGAACGCGCGGCAGCACGCCCGGAACAAAGGGAACGAAGCUGCAGAACGCAUAAGAGGCGGGGCCUCAGGCGAGACACCCAUCUGCGGCCAUGGCGAGCAGGAACCACUCCCAUCUACUUUUGACCAACUUAUCGCCGACCUCACUCGCGACGCACACCGCGUACACCCAAAGACGCGCUCCAAUUCUGCGCGAACUGCGCACUCGCACCCGCGACAUCCUCUCCGAGCACCAUUCGUUCGCCCGCGACGUGCCCGCCGAUCACUACCACGACACGCCGAUUAGCCCCACCGCCGGCUCGCAGCCCGACGGGGUCUCUCCAUUCUCCAAGCCCACUUUUGCUCAACGCUCCUCGCUCCGCGCGUCCAUGGCUGCUACCAGCCCCUUUGGCAGGCUGAACGUCCCCGGAAACGCGCUUCUGCCCAAUUCGUCCACCGGGAGCCUCCACUCCCUGGCCCCACCGAUGUUCAGGAUGGAGGCCGACGAGCUCUCCCCGACUUCGCCGAGCGGUACGCCUAACCCCUUCGCUUCCUUUGCCAAUGGCGAUGUCACGCCACACGGCGACUACCUGCAACCUCCCGAGUCCACCAUUUUCGCGCGACGCGCGUCCGUCAGCGCGGAGUCCAUCGCAGUGGACGAGGAGCCCGAUGAGCCGCUGCCCAACUUCAUUUUUCGCGACCUCGACGAGGAGCAAGAGACGGGUGUGCUCAUGGCGAUGCGCGAGGUGCGCGCGACGAAGGACGAGGUUGUCAUCCGUCAGGGCGACGUCGGCGACUUCUUCUACGUCGUCGAGGCGGGGUGGCUCGACUGCUUCAUCCGCCCCGAGCCUCUGCCGCCCGCGUGGCUCACAGGAACUCGGCGCCCGAGGAGGAGCGGUGGUCGCGAUGGACCGUGCACGCUGUGGUCGCUUGACCGGAUCACGUUCCGCACUAUCAUCUCAAGGCGGCGCACAGGAGCGUACAUGUACGAGCAGUUCCUGUCGUCCAUCGCGGACGCGCUGGUCAGCAAGGUGCAUGAAGACGGCGAGCCGGUCGUGCGCCAGGGCGACAUGGGCGACACAUUCUUCUUCGUCGAAGACGGGGUAGCCGUUGUGACGAAAACCGAGCGCACGGAGGACGGCCAAAGUCGCGAGGUGGAGGUGAACCGCCUCACCAAGGGCGACUACUUUGGCGAGCUUUCGUUGCUGCGCCGUGAGCCGCGUGCGGCGACGGUGAGUGCAGUUAGCCGAGCGGAUCGCUCAGCGCCGAAAUUGAAGGUGGCGGCGCUUGAUGCGAAUGCGUUCACCCGCCUGCUGGGGCCGCUGCGGGAGAUCAUGGAGCGCAACGCGGGGCAGGCGUACGGUGCGGUGCCCCGAAUGUCGCGAUGAUUGGGCUCGGGCGCAGAAGACUGCUGGGUGUUUCUUGCUGUCGUUGUUUGUACGGGACGGAAAGUGUAGUCUAUUGUAAUCACGUGUAUCGCCUGAUUGGGGGUGAAUGCCAUGACGAUGCGAGUCGGGACUGCC